GAGAGAGAGAGAGAGAGGGCAGGCGAGGUAGAAUCUACAGUGGUUUUUUGCAGCAAGGAAAGUCUUUGACAGUUUCGAGUUUUUGCUUCAACAGUCAUCAUGGUGACCACUGAGACCCACCAGAGCCAAGAUCUGCUGGUCCCCCCCAAGAACCAGGAUCUACAGGACCAGCAGGACCAGCAGAACCAGCUAGAGGAGGACCAGGCCUCCCCCAUGUCUCCCCUGGCAGGAUUCGACCCAGAGAAGAUGAAUCAGGGUCCCGUCAACGCCAUCACGGUCCUUACUCUGCUGGACAAACUGGUCAACAUGCUGGAUGCCGUGCAGGAAAACCAGCACAAGAUGGAGGUGCACCAGGUGGAGAUGGAGGGCGUGGUCAGAGGGAUCCAGGCUGAUAUGACCAAACUGUCCAAGAGUCACAGUCACACCUCAAACACCGUCAGUAAACUGCUGGACAAGAGCCGCAAACUGUCCGUCACCAUGAAGGAGGUUCGUGAUAAAAUGGAGCGUCAGGGUGUCCAGGUGAAGAAGCUGGAAGCAAACCAUGCCCACCUGAUCAGCAGAAACAACUUCAAAGUCCUCAUCUUCCAGGAGGAGAACGAGAUCCCCUCUAGUGUUUUUGUGAAGGAUCCUCCACCAUUCCCUCGUGAUGAGAUUGUGGAAGAAGCUGAGGAAACAGCACCGGGCAUUGUUGAUGGCAACCGGUCCCAGGAGAGUGGGCUCCAUACCAUCGACCUAUCAUCUGAUGAGGACGUCGGUUUGGAGGCAGAGCUGGAGGAAGAGGAGACAUGGCCUCAUGAUCUGGAGAACAUGGAGAAGUCCAGAGCGGAGAAACUGAAGCGAUCUAGUCUGAAGAAGGUUGACAGUAUAAAGAAGGCGUUCUCCCGGCAGAACAUCGAGAAGAAGAUGACUAAGAUUGGAACAAAGAUUGUGUCUGCGGAACAACGAGAGAAGAUCAAACAGAAAACCUCAAGCCUGAAGGUUUCACCUUUGACCUUCAGCAUCCGGAAGCCUCGCAGCAGCUCGGACUCUCAGCCUGCUGAUGUCUCCGCUCAGACCGGGGAGUCAGUCAUCACUGAGGCUGAAAUCCAGGUGUCCCCACUGAGCGACACCGACCAGGAGGUCCCCUUCACUGAGGUCCAUGCCCAGCUGGCCCCAGCUGAGCAGGAGGAGAAAGAGGAGGAGGUGAAACAGGAGGUGAUAGAGGAGGUGAAGGAGGAGAUGAAGGAGGGUGAGGAGGUGUCAGUUUUAGGGGAGGCGGAUUUGUCGGUGGUUUCAGAGGGAGUCAGUCAGGAGUACGCUCUGUCAUCCACUCUGCCUCAGGAGGAGAAAGGAGAGGAGAGAAUAGCAGAGGUGGAGAAGGAGGAGGAAUCCUAAACACUUGUCAAUAUUCAAUUAAACCCAGAUUAAUUAUCCUCUAAUCUGAGUUCUGAUCACUCCAGAUCUGAACAGAUUCAUUUUCUGUUAAAUCCUCGUCUUUUAUUUCUCUGAGAAUUAGUUGUUCAGACUGAUAUGAGGCUACAGCCAGCAGCUGUUAGCUUAGCAUAAAGACUGGGAACAGGAGGACUAACUCAGAGCGGAAAACAAAAGAGGAUUUACCUGAAUGUGGAAUUGUUCCUUUGAAGUUCAGAGCUCAGAUUUGUUUUGUGGUUGAUAUAUAUUUCUCUUUUAUUGAUAAACCUCCAGACACACACAGGGUUCGGAUAUCUGAUCAUGUGUGCUGACAUCAUCACAUGUAAACCUGAAAACUACAUUCUCCAACAUUUUAUCUUUACAGGAACUGAGGUCAAUAACAGGCAGUUUCCUGUUCUGUUACAGUGUUUACACGAAAGUAUUUUAUGACGUUGGAGAAUUUUAUUGUUUAAUUCUCCUACUGAUCUGAAAACCUAAGAAUAAAUAAACACUUUAAAGUUGGAGAUACAUGGUUUUGACAGGACAGUGACUAUUUUCAUGUUUAACAUUCAGUUUCCUUUCUAUUUUUAUUCUUGUUUUCUGAAACAACAGCUGAUUGAUAUAAAUGUGAUAACUAAUAAUCAGCUGAUCAAUCACAAAAAUAAAACAUUAAAACAUUUGAAUGAGUGGAACCCAACUGAAGCAGACUGUCAAUCAUCCUGAUGAUGGCCUAAAAAGCAGAAACUCAGGGAUCAUGGAGGAAAACAUGGUGCUAAACAGAACCCUGCUACCAAGGUUCCUCUUGGAUUUCCCCAAGGUGGUCCCACAAAAGCUCUUUGGUACACCCAACAUUUUAGGUUCCUCCAAGUUUCCUCUAACAUUCCUCUAUGGUUGCAAAAAGGUUCCCCUAAAGUUUCUUUUAAGUAAGAUUGCCCAAAGGUUCACUUUAAGUUUCUUUAAGGUCCAGCUGAGGUUCCACUAAUGUUCCCCUAAUAUUCACCUCAAAGUCUCCAAAGUUCUGAAGUUUUCCCUAAAGUUCUACUGAGGUUCCACUAAGGAUCUUCCAACAUUCCUCCUAAAGUUCCCCUAAAGCUGCGUUUCCACCACAGGAACUUUCCCCAGGAACCAGGAACCUUUCGAGGAACUAUGCGCGUUUUGACCGCAAGAACCAGGGUCUAAAUUUUGUUCCGGGUUAAUUGAUCGAACCCCCAAAAAGUACCUGGUCAGGGGGUAGUACUUUCCAAAGGUUCAGGAACUUUGGGGGUGUGGUCUGCAGUGCUGAACAUUUCUGACUGGUUGAGUACUCGUUGCAUUUUAUUUCAUUCGCAAUAUUUAGAAGUCCGCAGGGAGCAAGCGAGUGAGCAGACACAUUUUCCACACUAUGAAACAGGU